AUGCACGAUUACGAAGGCGGCCUUUUUGGAUGCUUUAAGGACAUUGUUGGAUGCCUCUUAACAUGCAUCUGCAUUCCAUGGGCUAACGCAGAGAACUGGGCCAAGGUUCGUGAUGAAGAAUGCACACUUUGCCAUUACUUCAUGAUUGUCCACCCUUACUGGGUUCGCAAGUCCGUUCUCAAAAAGAGAGGUGAAGAGGGCUCUAACGUUGCAGACUGCUUAAUCACAACAUGCUGCAUGCAUUGCGUCGUCUGCCAAGAUCGUCGUGAAUUAAUUUCAAGCUAA